UUUCCUCGGGGGCAUGUUUUCGAGUCGCACAUUUGUUCCCAUGUGCAAGAAGCCAUGGCUGACGGGGACCCGAGGAACACGCUUGAAAGUUGUCUAAAGAUUUUAAAUAAUGACACGGCACACCCAGAUAAAUUUCUUAGCCUCCAGAAUGGACUGGCGUCGGAUUUCACCGCCCUCACAAAGACGCUGUAUGAUUUCCGCAAGGCACUUGAGCCAAAGGGUACCGUUGGAAGCCCUCUGGAAAAGCUAGUUGUUGAGAACUUUGAUGAUGAGCAGAUCUGGCAGGAGCUGGAGCUUCAGAAUACUGCAGUGUUGGAGCGCUUAAACGCUACUGUGAAACAAGCAGUCACAGAUAAGAAAAUAUGUCUGAAGGAGGAUGAGGAGGAGGAGGAAGAGGAAGAGACUGGAAAUAAAAACAAAGUAGAUGAUGAACAGGAAGAAACAAGUGAGGAAGAUGUGGAGGAUGAGGAAGAAUCCAGGCCCUCAAAGGAAUCCAGGCCCUCAAAAUCUUCAAAGGAGGCUGCAGAGGAAUUCACAGACGAAGACUCGGAUGUGGACUUUGAUGUGGAUGACCUGGAGAAGCGGACCAAGCAGCAGAAGCUGACCAAGCUCAAAGCUCAGAGGCAGGCCGGCCCCGAAUCAGAGGUGGACGACCGGUUCUUCAAGCUCUCCGAGAUGGAGGCCUUCCUGGAGGAGGUGGAGAAGAGGGAGGAGAAGGACGAUGCUGGCGACAGUGAGGUUGACUACUUCCAGGACUUGCCAUCAGGCGAGGAUGAUGAGCUGGACCUGGAGGAAGAGCUGACAUCAAAAAAACAGAAAAAGAUAAAGUCACAGAAGAGUUCCAGAAACUUGAAGUACAAAGAUUUCUUUGAUCCAGUGGAAGGAGGGUUGGUCCAGAGGGACCCUGAAGAGGAUGAAGAUUUGGGGUCUGAAGAAGAUGGGGCGAGUGAAGCUGGGAUGCCAGAUGAUGAAGAGGAGGAAGAUGAGGGGGUUCUGGAUGAAGAUGAGCUGGAAGAUGAUGAAGGGGAUGAAGGGGAUGAGGGGGAUGAGGAGAGCCCUAAAGCCAAGGGAACCAUGAAGAAGGUGACCUUUGACCUGUCUGAUGACAGCGAUGGGGAGGACAUGGAGGAGAUCCUUGGUGGAAAGCGCUCAGAGAUACCAGAGACCAAGUCCGGCUUUGAGAAAAGACAGGAAAAGAUGGCUGAGAAGAUCCAGCAACUAGAAAAGGCGGCUCUAGGGGAGAAACCGUGGCAACUGAAGGGGGAGGUUUCCGGGCAGACGCGUCCAGAGAACAGCCUGUUGGCGGAGGACGUUUUGUUCGACCAGGCCUCUAGGAUGGCCCCUGCUGUAACAGAAGAGACCACAUUAGCACUGGAAGACAUUAUCAAACAGAGAAUCCGGGACCAGGCAUGGGAUGACGUGGUGCGUAAGGAGAAGCCUAAAGAGGAGGCGUUUGAGUACAAGAAGAGGCUGACCCUGGACCACGAGAAGAGCAAACUGAGUCUGGCGGAGGUGUAUGAACAGGAGUACCUCAAACAGACGCAGCAAAAGACAGAAGAGGAGGAAAACCCUGCCCACGUGGAGAUUCAGAAGCUCAUGGAUUCUCUUUUCCUCAAACUGGAUGCACUUUCAAACUUCCAGUUCACACCCAAACCUCCGGUGCCUGAAGUGAAGGUCGUCUCCAAUCUGCCGUCCAUCACCAUGGAGGAGGUGGCUCCAGUCAGCGCCAGCAGUGGCACUCUGCUGGCCCCAGAGGAGAUCAAGGAGAAGAACCGGGCCGGUGGCAUCCUGGGAGACACAGAGAAGACGGCCACCGACAAAAAGCGUGAAAGGCGCAAGAAGAAGCUGGUGAAACGUGCAAAGCUCCAGGAGAAGGAGAGGAGGCAGAGACUGCGAGAGGCCAGCAAAGCGGGAGAGAACAAGAGGGCCACGAAAGCCGAGAUGGCAGAGAACCUUAAGAAGGUCACCAAAGGAGGAAAGGCUGUGGUACUGAAGGAUGAAGGGAAGGACAAGGCCCUCCGCUCCUCCCAGGCCUUCUUCACACAGCUACAAGACCAGGUAAAGAGUCACAUCAAAGGAGCCAAGGACCAGAGUGCCAAGAAGAAGAAACGGAAAGAAGUCUCUGCCAUCAAACUGAAAUUAUAACAUUGAAAUAUAUCAUUUGUACAGACUUUUUAAAUGCUGUAUUUACCUGUAUGUGCCUGUAGUUGUUAUUUUCAAUAAAAUGAGUCCGUUCAGA